UUACACGUAUGUAAUAUACGCGGCGCUGGCGUGGUGAACAUACGCAUGCGCGCUCAGAAUUCACGCACACGCGUGAGUUCGCUGAAAAAAAACUCUGCGUGCUAUAAAUAAACACGGAGCCGCUACUACACGUUCAGAGAGGAAGAUACAUAUGUUAUACAGUUUUGAAUCAGAACACAUGUUUAAACUCCGAUAUGCAGUAUGCAAUAUGAUAUAAUUACUUUAGAAGAAAUCGAGAUUAAAAGAAUAUGAAGAUGGUUUUUUUUAAGAUAUCUGCAAAAUUGAUUUCCGCGGUGAUCUUUUAUCAUCGAUUGCCAGUAAUUGAUAUUGAGUUCUUUUUCAUACAAUUGUUGAAAGUUUUCAGACGAUUUCAACUUUCACAUAUUAAAAGGACUUUAUUCUAGAAAGAAAAAGUCAAAACAUGUCAAUUAAUUUUUUGGAAUUAAUAAAAAUUUGACAGGUUCCUAAAUCAAAGCAUUACGUUCAGGAUAAAAAAAACGUCAUGAAGAUCACUUUUGCUGGCUCGACUAUAUGACAAUGCGACCUGCGCAACUCACGCUAAUGUCGUUAAAGCAAGAGAUCAGAAUUGGAUGGCGAACAGAGAGAAAGAGGUGGAUAAAAAGGAAGUAACGCAAAAAGAAGGGUGACGAGAUAGAGAGAGAGAGAAAGGCGUAGAGAUAAAGCGAUUGACCCUUGUCCCCUCAAUGACCUGUCGGAGAUAUCGUUCCACUAAAUUCACUGCCGUGCCAGUCGAACGCGUGCACACACGCCUCCAUAGUCGGCUACCACACUGCUCGUCUUCGUCUACUGAUAAGCACUUUGCACUUUUGUACCUUAAGUAAGCAGAAAAAAGAACCAUCAGUGUUUCAAUGGUGAAUCAAGUCCGUCGCAACUGUGCUCGUGCAACUAAUUGAUACAUUAUUAAUUUCUUAUCAAUCUAAGAGCGAAUGGUAAAGGGUUUCCUAGGGAGAAACUCGACGACGGGAAACACUCGGAGAGGAUUCCGAGAAAUUUAUGAUUCGAUUACGACGCGAUAAUAUUUAUGGUCAAUAGGGCCAGGUAUUAAAUGAUACAUAUUGCCGUGUCUCUCAGAGGAAGUGUUAAGGGAUAAACAUGCGGUGCGAGACACGAUCGGAAAUGCGGGUGUACGCGACGGUUUUUCUGGUGAUGUGCUGCUUCCUGUAUCCCUUGUAUGCAAGCGAGGAAUCAAAACUAAACAACAUCUCGCCAUCUUCGAUAGACAAGAAUGCGACAGCUCAGAUGGCAGCGGGCGAGCAGCGGCUUGGUGAUCAAAUUCGUGCGAUCCUCAAGCAUUAUCAGCAAGACGAUCCCGUUGGACUUCCGGGCGCGCCGAUACCGGAUCCAAUGCCAGUGCCGGAUAUGAAGCAUUCCUUCUCCAUGUACACGAUGAAUUUUAAGCAGAUUAAUGUUUACGGGCUUUCCAAAUUUCGUAUCGAACACGUAGAGUCAGAACUGGCGCGUAUGCAGGUGCUCGUCGCAGUAAGAAUCGAUACUCUCGACGUCCGUGGUUUGUACACAUUGGCAUCAUGGCUUUCGAGAUCUGCUGGCGAUUUUAUGGUAAAACUCACCGGCGUAAACGUCGAAGGUGUCGCUAGGUUAGAAGUAAGCACCGAUGGUAAAUUGCAAGCUCAGGACAUCGAUUUAGACCUGACCUUUGAUAAGAUUGAUUUGGACUUCAAGAAUCUCGGAUUCCUCGGUUCGGUUUUCCAAGGUGUCAUCAAUUCCGUCGGCACCUUCAUCUUCGACAGCGUUAAACCAUUUAUACUGAAGGAAGUUAACACAAAUGUAAGAGGCGAGUUGAACAAGCAAAUAUCACAAGUACCGCAAUACUUUCCAAAUUCGAUUUCACCCUUUGACAUGGCGAUCGCAGAAGCCCGCAGACAAGUUUCCGAAAUGGGCUACGAUCCGUACAAAUUAAAGGAUUACACCCAAAGCGUUGGCAUAUUUACCGUGACUUCGUCGCAUACCUGGAUCACCGGUCUAGCUAGUUUCUAUCGUAUGGGAAAUAUAACUAUAUCUAUGGAGAAAGGAGUUGUGUACGCGCUCCUGGACGUCGGCACCCAGGAACUGGAGGGCAAGACGCACUGGGAGGUGAGCGUGAUCGGCGGCUUCCUGUCGCGCGCCGGCACCGUGUCCUUCACCAUCCAAUACUUUCGGGUGCAAGUGAAGCUGGGCCAGCCGUUAGACACGCGGAAACGGGCUACCCUGGAGGAGCUGGAGCUCGAGCUGGGCAACAUCCAGGCGAGGAUCCACGGUGCCGGCACGCUCGAUUAUCUCGUGGAAGCGAGCAUUAACAUACUGCCGAACCUUUUAAGAUAUCAAAUCAUGGAUGCAAUCGAGGGACCGUUGCGAAGACGCAUACAAGAGGAGUUAGAUAAGAUAGACACGGAGAAAUUAAUCGAUGAGAAAAUUCCAGUAAUCGAGGAACAAGCUAGGUGGCUGCAAGGUUUAGUACCCGCAGAAGAAACGAUUUUGGAGGAGCCGACGUUGCCACCGUAUAGUCAAGACGAUCAAGGACCGUUUUCCGAGAGUGAAGAAGAACGAGGGCCAUCGUAAAAAAAAACAUCCACCAACAGUCAAAUUUUCAAAUGUUUCAUACCAUUCUAGACAGUCACUCCAAUUCGGAAUAAAAUCCCAUUUUUAUAACGUAAAUAUAUACUGUACAUUACGUAACAUCUUGACUUCUUAAUAUUCUAAUAUUAUAAUAUAAUAUUUUUAUAUAA